AUGAAACUCUUGCAAGUGCACUUUAAAUUUAAUGGACCUUUCGGUGAGGAAAUGUCGGAGCAGUUGAAAGGAUUAGCAGAAUCGAUCAAUAGGGAACCUGGAUUUUUGUGGAAAGUUUGGACCGAAAGUAAGGAGAACCAAGAAGCUGGUGGAAUUUAUUUAUUCGAAAGUGAAGAAACUGCACGUGCCUAUCUUGAAAUGCAUACUGCAAGAUUGAAGAAUUUUGGAGUGGAUCAUGUAGAAGCAAAGGUUUUCGAUGUAAAUGAACCAUUAUCUGUUAUUAAUAAUGCCAAGUUGACUAAAUAA